AUGUGGACGAUCCAACAGGUUCAGCCAGAUGUGGUGGUGGUUGAACUAUGUCAGUAUAGAGUGUCCAUGUUAAAGAUGGAUGAAGAGACAUUACUAAAGGAAGCCAAAGAAAUCAAUCUGGAAAAACUUCAUCAAGCAAUUAAACAGAACGGAGUCAUGUCUGGCCUUAUGCAAAUGCUCUUGCUGAAGGUCUCAGCUCACAUCACAGAACAGCUGGGAAUGGCCCCAGGAGGGGAAUUCAGAGAGGCUUUCAAAGAGGCUAGCAAAGUGCCUUUCUGCAAGUUUCACCUGGGUGAUAGACCUAUCCCCGUAACAUUCAAGAGAGCCAUCGCUGCACUUUCAUUUUGGCAGAAGGUCAAACUUGCCUGGGGCUUGUGCUCUUUAUCUGACCCUAUCAGUGAGGAUGAUGUUGAGAAGUGCAAGCAGAAGGACUUGCUGGAGCAAAUGAUGGCCGAAAUGAUUGGUGAAUUUCCUGAUCUCCACCGUACCAUUGUCUCUGAAAGAGAUCUUUAUCUCACGUACAUGCUGAAGCAAGCAGCCAGGAAAACAGAACUACCUCGUGCCUCUGAAAAUGAGCCAAGGCAAAGUGUCCCAUCUAUUGUUGUUGGAGUGGUUGGAAUGGGACACGUACCUGGCAUAGAGAAAAACUGGACCACUGAUGUGAACAUUCAAGAAAUCAUGAGUGUGCCUCCCCCUUCAAUGCUGAACAAGGUUGUCACAUUUGCUGCUAAAGCGACCUUUUUUGGACUUUUAGGUUAUGGAUGUUACUGUAUUAGUAAAAGGACUUUUCGGAUGAUCCUUUCAGUGCCAGCCACACAACAUUGCCUUCAAAGACUGAACCAAAUACGCCUUUUGAAAUAAGAAUUCUUACCAGAUUUGUAUGGCCAAUAAAGGAGGUGGCACACUAACUUGGGUCGUGCUUCCAAAUUUGGUACAGAAGCUUGGAUAUAGUAGAUACUACGGACCGUUCCUUAAGUUGCACCAGCCUAAGUAUACUACUGCAGUGUAGGUAUACUUGCCGACCACUGCCAUAGAUUUGUUGUAAUUUAAUAACUUUCAAAUGACUUAAUAUGUCAGGUCAGUAAGAUACGUAAUGCAAAACACACAGCACCUGAUUAUCUUCUCUGCAGGAAUACUUACAUAAGUGUUAACGGUAUAUUUAUACCAAAUGUAUCUUGGUGGUGAACGCCAAAAAUCUACAAAGAUUUUUUUUUCUUUUUUUUUUCUUGGAGAAUUAUUUUUUAAUGUUAAUUGUAUAAUCGUGAUUUUUAAAUUUAAGAUGGUGUUUUAUCUCAGAAAUUAAAAACAAAUGCAAAACUUUGAUUAGUAUAGUUUGUUUUCACCACUAUUUGCUCUCAAAAAGUAGCCUUUUCAAUGUCCCCAGCCUAAAUUUAUGUUUAAACAAAUUUUGUACAUUUCAAAAAGGUUUUCGUGUAGUCAUGUGACUUUUUACUACCCCUUAUUGUUGUCCUUAUUUUUAACAGGUCCGCUGCCUUUAGUCAGAUACCUAAGGAACCUUAUUGUUAAGUGUACCAAACAUAUGACCUGCUCUGACAUUUGUGUGCAGAGAGUUUUACCCCAAAUCAAUAUUAAUAAUGACUGAUAACUGUAUUAAUGCCUUAUAGCUUACAUUAAGUAACUAUUUGGCUUGAAGAACGCAGCUUAAAGAAUGUUACUGGCAGAUCGUAUUCAUAAUUAAUAAAUGCCAAUAAUUUUUGUUAGAAAAACACCGCUUUAUUUCAUCCUCUUGUCUGAGACUUGUUGAUGAUACCUGUGGUGUUUAACAUAGGUUACAGAAAUAAUUGGGUUAAGAAAAUGGAUCAGUUACCAGUACAUGAAUGUUUUGAAAAUAAUAUACACAAAGAUAUAUUUUUAAAGGAGCACUAAAUGCAGUAUAAUUGCAUAAUUAACAAGUGCAUAUUAAAAAGACAGUGCAAUAAAACUUACUCUGAAUUUCAAACAAGCCGUAGAUUAUUAUUUUUUUUGGGUGGCAAAUUAAAUUUUUCUCCCAAUUUCCACCCCCUGUAUCAUGUGACAGACAUCAGCCAAUUACAGACUAGUUUAUGUAUACCCUGUGGGCUUGUGCACAUGCUCAGUAGGAUCUUUUUCCCCAGAAAGUGUGUACUGUAUAUAAAAAGACUGCAAAAAUGGGAAUUGAAAUGAAUGGAAGUAAGCUGGAAAGUGUCUUAAAACGGCAUACACUUUCUGAAUCAUAGAAGUUCAUUUUGACUUGAGGGUCCCUUUAAAAAUCUUUCUACCUUACUGAAUCCCCCCCCCCCACACACACACACUCAUAUACUUUACCCUGUGGGACCUCUUAAAUGGCAUUGUCAUUGCUUUUCAUAUGUAUAACAUAGCUGCAUGUUACAUACUUAUGGAGGAUCAAAAUGUGUUGUUUUAUUCAAAAACAGAUCAAAUUAGGAAAGUGACGUCUUAAAGGGACAGUCAACCAUAGAAUUGUUAUUGUUUUAAAAGAUAGAUAAUCCCUUUAUUACCCAUUCCCCAGUUUUGCACAACCAACACAGUUAUAUUAAUAUACUUUUUACCUCUGUGAUUACCUUGUAUCUAGAAACCUUCUUCCAGCCCCCUGAUCACAUGACUGUGACUGUUUAUUAUCUAUUGUCUUAAAUUUAGCAUUGUUUUGUGCUAGAUCUUAAAUAACUUUCUGUGUCUGUACACAGUGUUAUCUAUAUAGCCACGUGUACUUUCUGUUAGUAUGUGAUAAGAGGCAACCCUCAAAGGCUUAGAAAUUAGCAUAUGAGCCUACCUAUGUUUAGUUUAAACUAAGAAUACCAAGAGAAAAAAGCAAAUUUGAUGAUAAAAGUAAAUUGGAAAGUCGAUUAAAAUUAAAAGUCCUAUCUGAAUAAUGAAAGUUUAAUUUAUACUUGACUGUCCCUUUAAACUAUAUCCCAAGAAUGGUUUUUAGACUGUUCCUCCAAUAUAAAUUUACGUAGAUCCAUUCCUUAUGACGUGUGUGUGAUCUUGCCUUUUUUGAGCUUCUAUAUUUAAAAACCUACUAACUUACAAAUUGUGGCUGAGGAAUACUUGACUUUUUUAAUGCUAUAAGAUUAGUAGAAAUCAUUAUCCUUUAUUAAAAGAAAAAUGUAUUCUCUACAUAAUAUGCAUUUAAUAUAUUUAAUAAUACAUUUUAUGAUUUAAUCAAUUAGGUUUUAGUAUCUGAUUUUGUAGCAGCAAUUCUGUUGCAUCUUUAAGACAUUUAACACUGCCAAACCUAUCUUCUUAACUUAAAAGUAAUGUAAAAUAAUUUAGAAUAGAUUUUGUAUGUAAUACUUUGCUACACUUAUACUCCAGUUUUUUAAUACUGCAAUGUUCCUAUCUAAAACACAGUCUGUGAGUCUGGUUAGUAUAGGAAUGACAGACCUAGUAUAUUAUUAGAAAAGAAAGUAAAUUGAACUUUAAAAAGAAAAGCAAAUAUUUAGCAACAUCUUGCUGUAAUGAAUGUUUAAAGUGAAGUUCAAUUUUCAUGUAAAACUGCCCGGUUUUUAAAAAAAACUAUUAAAUACAGGGGCACUUUCAUUCAUGAAAAUUGACAUUGCACCGGAUUUUAAAAAUACUUACCUUGUUCUUCUGAAAUGCCGAAUCGCUGUUCUGAAACGAUGCCCCGCCUGCUUCUUCCUGGUUUACUUACCCAGCAAUGACAAAACUGGAUUCCUCCAAUCACGGCGUUGCCUCAGGCAAUGAUUCCCCCGGGGGGGGGGGGGGAGCCGUGAUUGUAGAAUGCCGUAAUCUUCAUUGCUGACAUAUGAAGAAUAUGUGUGUGUUCAAAUCCAUAUCUUAUAAAAAUAUAUAUUUAAUAAUAAUAAAUAAAAGCUUUCUAAGUGAAGAA